UUAUAAAUGACAUUAUGCUUAAAUAGAAAAAAAAUUUUAGAUGAAAAUACACAAUUAUACUUCUAUCCAAUAAAGAUCAAAAUACCACUUAUACAACUAGAAGACUUAGGCUUAUUAGAUUCAUUGAUAAGAGAAUUUCAAGCUGAUGAUAAUGGUAUUAUUGAUUUAAGUAAAUAUUGCCAUUCUGUACACAUUCUGCCUAGUAUGAGAACGGCGAGACUAGUAUCUAUAUCUAAAAAAAUUCCUUCUAAAUGCCCCUUUGCAAAUUAUAAUGAAUUACGUAAAUAUUGGAUAGAUAUGAAUGGCUAUUAUUUACCAAUUACAGAAGAUGGUAUUAUGUAUUACGAAGUCAAAUUUCAUUCAUCUGAAGCUAAUAGUUUUAUAUAUCCCAGUGUAUGUGUAAUAAAAGGACCUAUCCAAUAUAUCCCUCGUAAAGAUGCAAAUAACAUAAUUUCAAAAUUUAUUAAUGAUUUAUAUAAUACAUUGAACAAUGUAUGUGAUAAACAGUUAUAUAUAUACAAUAAUAAUAAAGAAAUAGAUCAUCAAUUUAAAUCAUCAGACGAGAAUACAAGUAAAAUACAAAACCAACAUUACUUAUUAUUAACAAGAAACAAAGAAUUAAUCGGUAAUAAUGUUACCAAUAAUAUGAUUAAUAAUAUGGACAACAUGAUCGAUAAAAAUUUUAACCAACAAUUAGAGCCUAGAACUGGAUAUGGAUAUAAUACUACGAUAAACUUCAGCAAAUCUAGCAAAACCACGAAUUCAUUAAAUGUUAAAGAAUCAAAUGAUAGAGAAAAUUGUAUUUAUAAUUUAGAAACAUGUAAACAACUCAUGAAAUUUAAAAGAAAUAAACUAAUAAGUCAACCCUCUUUAAAUACUUCUCUGACAAUAAAAAAUGAAAUUCAAAAUGUCGAAAACGAAGUACAAAUAGAGGAUGAAAAUACCUCUGCAUUUUUUAAAGAAAUAAACUUAUUGUUAAAUCAGAAAACGUUUUACAAGUCUCAAAUGAAAAAUAAUACAUUUGCUAAUGCAACAUUAAAACAAAAACUAUCAAAUGCAAUGUGUACUACCAAAUUUGGAAGAACUAUUGAUUUAGAAACAUUAGCAAAAGAUAAUAAGUUAGGUGAAGUAUCAAAUAUUAUUUUAAGCAAUUGGUUGUAUAAACACCUAAUUCCACAUAAUAGACAAGCAAAAAAGGCUGACUUAAUUGAAAAAGUAUUAACACAAAUAAGAAGUACGAAAAAAUAUGUAUAAUUUAUAACAAAAAAUAUAUAUUUUUUCCUCUGUAAAAAGGUUUAAUUUAACAAUAACAACAUUUUCUUUUGAAUCAAUAUCAUUGUAAAUGGUUUUUAUUCAUACAUUAAUAAAUAAACAUAAAAACUACGUUCCUCCCAUAAAUGUUAAGAUUAAUUUACAUCUACAUUAUUCUGUAAUUAGUUGGCAAAAAGAGAUCUGUUAUAUUAAUGGUUGAAAUAUUAGUCAAUUUAAAUAAUUUACCAAAAGGAACACAAUCAAUAAUUAUAUUCAUAUUAAAUAGGCAUUUUCAAUCAAUAUAUUAUCAAUACUUAUUUGCCUAUUUUUACUUUUUCAUAAUAUAACAUAACAUAAUUGAACACAAUCACCAGUUUAAUCAAAAUGAAAAUAUUUAUUUUAUGGAAUUUGAACAGAAUUUUUUAAAGAAUAAUUUUUUUUUCUUUUCUUUCUUUUCUCUUUUUUUUACUUUUUUUUUUUUUUUUAAUAUAGGAAAUUGUAUAUUAAACUUAAAUCAAGAUUUACACAGAUAAAAGAUAAAAAGAGAACGAAGAUUCAGUACAAAGAUUCAUGGUUUUGGUCAUUAAUUUAAUAAUUAAUAUUAAUGAUAAAUAUUUAUAAAGAAUUUUUAUAAAAACAUUUAUAAAGAAUAUUUAUCAUUACUAUUAGUUAUUUUGUGUGUGUGUGUGUGUGUGUGUAUGGUGUGGUGUGGUGUGUGUAUUAAUAUAAUAAAUUUUAUAUAGAUACAUAUAUCGUUGGAAAUACUAAACACUUUUUUACGUUAGUGGCAAAUAAUCGAAACUGUAUAAAUUGUUUCAAUAUUCUUAAAUUAAUAUUAUUACACUAAUUUACUCGACAUACGUGUUUCGCUUAUAUAUCUAAUGUUAUAAAUUUCAAUUUAAGUAACACGCACCAUCGUCAGGAAAUUUACCAUGUGGGACGCAAUCAGAGUUUAGAUUAUAAAUUGUUAGAGUUACAAUUUUGACAUUACUUUUCCAUUCAAAAUUAUAUCACUUGAAUGGAAAUUAUGUGCACUACAUAUUGUCUUAGAUCCAUCGUUCCUCAAUCAAUUUAUAUAUACAAAAGUUCAGCACAUAAUGCUAUUUCAACUAGAUUUUAACACAUACAUACUUAGGCGCAUGAGGCACAAAAGCUGUAUGUAUGUGUUUGCUCAUUUAUUAUUUUAUAUAAAAUUGGCAUAUCUUGUAAUUUAAAAGCUGUUUAAUAAAUAGCGAUGAUGAGAAAAUAAGACAUAAUAAAAUUAUAUAAUUAUAAUCUAAAGUAAUAGCUAAAAAUAAUGAUAUUUUUACAUUAUUUUUUUUACUUGUAUCAUUUCUUAAAUUGUAAAUUUAGUAGAAUAAUUAUUUAUGUAGAAUAUUAAUAAUAAUAGAUAUUAAAACAUAUAGCUGUUCUUCCAAUAAUUAAAUAUAUUUAACAGAUCAUCUAAACUGCAUCUAUCGACGAAUAUACUUUGUAUAUUUGUCUCUUCUUCAUUAGAAUAUUCAUAACACAAAAUCUUGACAUAUUUUUAGUAUUUCUUUUUUUUAGAGAAGAGACCUCAUUUUAUUACUAUUAGAAGUCAUAUUAAUACAAAAUCUUACCAUUAAUUGUAUACAAAUUAAUUAUAUAUCAUUAUAACAUAAACUCAAUAAUUUUAAUAUCUUGUAGGCACGUAUGAUCAUUGUCGUGAUUAUAAUCUGAUGAUUUAUUAUUAUUUCAAAAUAGGUCCAGCCGUAUCAAGCUACACGGACGGCAUGAGAAGAAAUCGAGGACCAGUGUAAUAUACACAUUGAAUAUAUUAUUAUCAGAGCAUGUUGAUACAGAAUGAUUACAAUUUUAAUAACAAAAAGAAUAUCUCUCUGGCUUAUUCCUGACGAUAGCGCGAAAGGAAGAAAGGGGACGGUGGUGUCAGGUUGGCUCGGUUUAUGGGUACAAAUAAAUUUAACUUUUAUCUAUCAUUGAACUAUAAAGAAGGAUAAACAAUUUUACAAUUUACCAUAUUUCUUAUACAUUUUUCUACUAUUCAAUAUAUUUGAAGCAAACUGUAUUGGAUAUAUUUAAGAAAAAUGGUAGAUCAAACGAAUAUGCCUAUUUUUCAUUUGAAUAAUGUAAAAAUUAAAAAAGAAGAUAUAUAUUUCAUACAUAAUUGAAAAUAUAAUAAUUUCAUAGAAUAUAAAAAAUGAAAUAAAAGGAAAAUAAAACCAAUAAAUAAAUAAAUGAUUGAUUUGUACACUUUAUUCAUUAAUAUAAAAGAUAGUAAAAUGUUGAGAAAAUAAAAUAGAAAAUAUAACAAAAAUAAUGUCAACAUAUUACUGACGAAUAUAUGAAUACGGCAAUUCAUAUUCAUAUAUAAAAAAUAUAAUAAUGACUGGACAAUAAAUUACUGUCAUGUCUGACAGUUAUCAUAUGCAUUUAAAAUUGAUAAGAAUGUGACCAUAAAGUAAUGGUACCUGAUUAAUAA